ACACUAUCGAAUAUGUGCGCAACGGCGCUAAAUGUCUGUGAAGGACGUUCCGACUGACUUAUGUUUAAGGAGGUUAAGCCUGAAGUAACUGAUUUUAUCGAACAAAGUAGGAAGCAAAGAAAUGAGCGGCGCGAUGCUAAAGCUAGAGCGCUAUCUGCUGUAAUCAUUCAAAAAAACUGGAGAAGUUUCGUAGUUAGGAGAAAUGUCAUUCGAGGCUUUCGAUCGGAGUUUGACUUCAAGAUACUUGAAGGAAAUAGUGUCAAAUUGACUCAGUUGAUUCCUGCCACUGAACUUUUGAGGUAUGUAAAGUAUCUGAAGUUCCAUUAUAACUCGAAACUGGAUUAUGAACGUUUUCUAGUUCUUAUUCGAUAUAUAGUGAACUCUGUGGAUACCGGAGACUUUAAAGUUUCUUAUGUAUCUCUGGCGUUAAGGAAACCCACACUGGUCGAUUGGAUAAUUACAACGAAAUGGUUGUUCUCUACGGUUGUCGAACAUAUGGGUUCUUUAGAUCCAUCCAUUCCUAGUGAUUCCAAGGUUUUGAACAUAUUUCUGUCAUUCUUACUAAUACAUACCAACUGUUGCCAGUGGUCGCUGAUACAAGAUGAAAAACUGAAGCCUGCGAUGAGCCGAUUGGCUACAACGUUUCUCCAGCAUCUUGUGCAAAAGAGUUUAUUUGAACAUUUGAAUGCUGUUUUGCAAAAGGGUUUGGCUAGACACACUCCUGCAUUAACAAAAGUAUCUUUGACUGGUAUAUUUACCAUUGCUAUGAGACCCUUGAUAUAUGAAAAGUUCCCUCAGAAGCUUGUUAUUUCAUUUACAAGAAAUAUCUUAACUGUACCUGGAUUUAUACUGCAUAUAAAUUCCAUGAUGAAUGAAGCGUAUGAUAUUAUAGUGAAUGAGAGAUUGUGCUCCAAAAUCAUCAUGACAUUAUACGAUAGUUCAGAAGAGUUCAAUAUUCUGCUAUCUAAGCUAGAUGGAUCAUAUGUUUUAUGCUUGAUUGCAAAUCUUAUCCAACUCAGUCUGUUAGAAACUGAUAUCUUGGCCUCUCAUUGUACAGAAUUUUGUAUUGUUUUAUCCAAAUCUAUGCAUUAUUUGGGUACUUAUGUUGGUAGUAAAAAGUCUAAUCUUUGCAGUUGGCAUCCAAUUUUGGGGUGGUUCGCUCAAUCACUAGAUAAUUCCUUACAAUCAGCCAUGUCCUUUGUAACAAGUCAGUUAAGACUACUCUGGAAUGGUCGGAUGGUUCGUUUAUUAUUUGCCGAUUUGUAUGCGCAAGCUGAGCUAAACUUACCUGAGUUAAGUACAUCGGACGGCCGUUCAUCUAGCACAGGUCAUCAUUCUACGAAUACAACUUGUACAAGUCAACAUGGACCUGGCGCACCUUCUAAAGCAGAAAAACUUGCUGUGUUAGGGUUAUUGCCACCUAUUUCACGGAUGGGCGGUAGUAGAUCGGCUGGCUCUGAUAUUGAUGGUUAUGGGCAUCGUGUACGUCAUGGUCUUUCAAAUUUUCUACGUCAGAUAUCCAAUUCUUCAGCAUAUCGUGCUAGAUUUCGAAAUAAGAAAGAAAUAACUAAUAAUUACAUUCCAAAUCUUUCCACUGGACGUUCAGAUAGUCCUGGACCAAGUGAUUUACCGAAAUCCUUAAAAGCUGUGUGUAUGCUUUAUUGUUUUACUUCUGGAAGUUUGAAAGAAAUUAGAAGCGCUAUAUUGGCAGGUUUAUCAUUAGGUGAUUUAUUACCUCGUAUGUGGCGUUUAAUUUCUUGCUGUGGAUCUGUACGUGAUUGGGCUCAUGUGAUUAUGAAUUCACAAUCAGUUUACCAUUUAGAACCACAUGAAUCUCAUUUGAUGCAAAUAUUUGCUUCAGCUACAAGCAAUUUGUUGAGCAUAUUAGAUGAUGCCGAGUUAUUUGAAUUGAAAAAAUCGUUUACAAUUGACGAAUUAUGUUCAAUGGGUUCAUUUUUUAAUCAUUUAAUUUAUGAAUCAGUCAUUAUGGUACCAGAUCCAAAUCAACUUAAAUUAUGGAGUCCGUCUUGUAAAGAUAAUAAAUUGAAUAAAACCAAUGAAUCAGUUGCAAUGCAUGAUAAAAAUAAUAAGUCUGCUAUUCAAUCAAACAGUUCAUCUACUGUUAUGCCUAAUUUAUUUACAAUUUGUUUACGUUUAUUAUCUGUAAUCUAUGAACGUGAUAGUAGACAUUUAUUUACACCACCGGAUUUUUGGUUAAUAUCAAAUCUCAAAGUUUCAGCUUUUCUAGCAGAUCUACGGAAACCGAAACCACAUGCGACGUUUCUGCUCAAGCAUAUCCCGCAUAUCAUUCCGCACAAAGAACGUGUUAUUCUUUUUCGAGAUUUUGUACGCGAAGACAAAGCAUCACUGGGGAUACAUACUCGUACAAAUUGGCUUACAGAUGAUGGUCCAGUUGGUGCUGUCAUCACAGUUCAUAGAAAUCGUAUUGUUGAAGACGGUUAUCAACAGUUGGCAAAUUUAACUUCGUCUCAGUUACGUAUGAAGAUACGUGUACAGUUUGUAAACGAAAUGGGUUUAGAUGAAGUUGGUAUUGAUUUAGACGGUGUGUUUAAAGAAUUCUUAGAAGAAACUCUUCGUCGUGUAUUCGACCCUAGUUUAAAUUUAUUUCGUGUGACUAAUGACCAGCGUUUAUAUCCGUCACCUACUUCACAUUUACAAGAAAGUCAUUUACAGCUCUUCGAAUUUUUGGGUAAAAUGCUUGCCAAAGCUGUUUAUGAGUGUAUUGUUGUGGACGUACCAUUUGCAAAUUUCUUUUUAACUCAAUUACUUGGUCGUGAAAAAGCUGGAUGUUACAGUUUUCUUGAUGAAUUAGCCACAUUAGAUAAGGAAUUAUACAAAAGCUUAAGUUAUAUUAAACAUUAUGAUGGAGAUGUUUCCGAUCUGGAAUUCACUUAUUCUUAUGCUGAAGAUUGUCUAGGUCAAGUGAUUAUACAUGAUCUCUGUCCUGGUGGCCGUCAAAUUUCUGUAACGAAUGAUGUCAAAAUAAGUUACGUUCAUAGCGUUGCUCACUUUCGAAUGUAUAAACAAAUUAGAGCACAGACUGCUUCUUUUAUACGGGGAUUUUAUUCUAUACUAAAUCCUGAUUGGUUGGCUAUGUUUUCUCCAUCAGAAUUACAAACACUUAUCUCAGGUGAUAGUAGUUCAAUGGAUAUUGAUGAUUUAAAACAACAUACACGUUAUUCGGGUGGAUUUCACAGUAAUCAUCGUGUAAUUCGGUGGUUAUGGGAUAUUCUUAGGCGUGAUUUCGACGAUAGAGAACGUAGUUUAUUUUUGAAGUUUGUUACCAGUUGUUCUAGGCCACCUCUUUUGGGGUUCGCUAAUCUUGAACCACCAUUUUGUAUACGUUGUGUACAUUAUACUAAUGAAGAUCAAGAUCUCGGUGAUACUCUAGGAUCAGUACUGAAAGGAUUUCUGGGGGUUGUUGGUCGCCGUGAAGAAGUAUCUCGCCUACCAACUGCGUCUACUUGUUUUAAUCUUUUAAAAUUACCUAAUUACUCGUCUCGUAGUGCACUGAAAGAAAAGUUAAGAUAUGCCAUAAAUAGUCAUGCUGGAUUUGAACUAUCGUAGCGGAGAAAUUUCUUGACAAGCUACAAAUAAUAUGUACUUAUUAUUUUUAUGAUGGAACGCUGUAAAUAUAUACUAUGUUUAAUAUUUUCAUCUCAUUUGGUCCAUUCUUUGAUGAUCAACAUAUUUUUUUGUCUAAUUUCACUUCGUUCUUUCUAAUUUGAGUUAUUCACAUUUUCAAUUCAUGGUGCAUAACUCAGUGUCAUUAGACAAUUAUAUUAUAAUACUUGAUAUGUUUGCUAGCACGUUUAAAUGACUGCAAAGAUUGCAGACAGAGGCUUUGAUUUUGCCAUUCUGAUAACCGCCAAAAAGUGCUCUUUUCUAAUUGUUUUUAUUCUUCAUAUACUUCCUUUCCCAAAUAGGAUGAAGGAAUUGCCAUUUAGUUUACGACAUUACUUUCAUUCCUCGAUGCUUUAUUGUCCCCAGUGGGAAAAAUCACUCAGUUCUCUAACAAGUACUUAAAAAUACGCUGUCAAAUAGAAAUGGUAGUCAUAUUUCGAA